AUGGCGAAGUUGCAAGCGGCCACUGUAUCUAACAUACCCGUAAAUCGCAAGCGCAAGCGACAACCCAAACCAACUCAGGAACCACGGCCUGCUUCAGAAUCCGAUAUCACGAUCAAUACUGUUAGAACCACAACUACGACCCAAGUCCCUACCAAAACUCACGAUGGAGGCAGUGCUACGAGGCGGCCAAAGACAGCCACGAAACCUGCUCUUCUCCGACGGAACUCCUCCACAAAUUUGGUGCAGACCGACAUCCCUUGGCCGGAGCAUUUCAAGUACCUGUCGCAGCUGCAUAGGGCACUGAACCUUGUCUAUACUUUCUGUUGCACCAGGAAACACUUUGCGACAACAUGGGAAAAUAUCAAGUCUGCAGUUGAAGGACAUAUUAAGAAGCCGCUUCUGGUCGAGGAAGUGGCGCAGGUUAAAGCAUUAGUACCACGAGCGAUCAACUUUGCAUAUGUUGACGAGGAGCAUCUAUUGGUGACUCUCAUGGGAGAAGAAGAUGGGGUGAAAGGGGGCAGGGCUGAUCAUUUUCGAUCUCUCCAACAGGAUGAAAGUGCGCCUAAGAAUAAAUCAGAGGACCAAAAGGAAUUGCUCUUGUUCGAAUUCACUGAUGGCGAUCUCAAACGACAAGUGGUCGAUCCUAAAACAGGCCAGCCUGUUAAAGCAACGCAAAAAUUGAGAAAUGAAGAACUCAAGAUGCCAGUGUUCAGCCAAAAGUCAAUGUUGAAGUUGAUCGAAAAGCGUAAUGCCAAAUUCGUGUCAGCCAUAAACGCAUUUUUGAACCAAUGCGCAGAGGAUCAGACAGACGCAGUUGAGAGAAUUCUCGACUCCAAGCAGCAAUAUAUUCCAUAUCCGUCUUCCAGUAAUCCCUCCACACCUGGGCCAGAACAAGCAGGGCCUCCAAAAUCUAUACCCAAGGAGCGUCUAUCAAUAUCAGAAAUUGUCAAGGACAUUACUGAAAUGGAGUGGUACAGCAAUCAGAUUGUGCCCGAUGGGCAUCGAGUCUUUGAUCCGCAACCAGCGAUAUACGGUGAACUCAAAUUUCAAUUGUCUCAAAACCUGGUGAAUGCACUUUACAACAGUCGAGGAAUCACUCAAUUUUAUUCGCAUCAGACCGAAGCGAUCAAUAAUCUUCACGAAGGAAACAAUGUGAUUGUAUCAACAUCAACGAGCUCUGGAAAGUCAUUAAUCUAUCAAGUGCCAAUGCUUCACGAGCUUGAGAAGGAUCCAGAGAGCCGAGGCAUGUACAUCUUCCCAACCAAAGCUCUUGCGCAAGAUCAAAGGCGAAGUAUGAAAGAAUUAUUGAAGUAUAUCCCAAACUUCCAGGACGUUAUUGUCGAGACCUUUGAUGGUGAUACUCCAAUGAAGGAGAGAAAUCUUAUUCGAGAUGAAGGACGUAUUAUCUUCACGAACCCAGAUAUGCUUCAUAUCACCAUUUUACCACAAGAAAGCAGCUGGAGGACAUUCCUGAGACACCUCAAAUAUGUCGUCGUUGACGAACUGCACGUAUACAACGGACUAUUUGGAGCUCACGUAGCCUUCAUCAUGCGGCGGCUAAGACGAAUAUGUGCAGCAGUAGGAAAUCGCAAAGUCAAGUUCAUCUCCUGCUCGGCCACUGUGGCCAACCCUGAAGAGCACAUGAAGACAGUCUUUGGUGUUGAGAAAGUGAAAUUGACAGAUUUUGAUGGCUCACCAUCAGGCCGAAAGGAGUUCAUUUGCUGGAACACACCCUACAAGGAUCCUGGUGAUCCAUCUUCUGGACGGGGUGAUACGUUCGCCGAGACUGCUCGCUUGAUCUGUCAAUUGAUCCUCAGGGGUGUGCGAACCAUCGCAUUCUGUCGAGUUCGGAAGCAAUGCGAAGUACUACUGGCAGCGGUAAAAGCUGAAUUUGUUGCACAGGAGAGGCCAGAAUGUGCUGCUCUUGUUAUGGGAUACCGUGGUGGCUAUUCAGCCCAAGAUCGGAGACGUAUCGAAUCUGAAAUGUUCGGUGGCAAACUCAUGGGAAUUGUUGCAACAACAGCCCUUGAGCUAGGUGUUGACAUCGGAUCCCUCGACGCUGUUGUGACUAUGGGCUUUCCAUACACAAUUGCUAAUCUAAGACAACAAAGUGGUCGAGCUGGGAGGCGAAACAGGGACUCAUUAUCAAUUCUUGUCGGUGAUUGUUUUGCAGUCGAUCAAUAUUACAUGCAGAACCCGGAUGAGAUCUUCACCAAGCCUAAUUGCGAACUCCAGGUGGAUCUCGGAAAUGAGCUUGUGGUUGAAGGUCAUGUUCAGUGUGCGGCAUUUGAGAUGCCAGUUCAACCGGACGAGGAUGUCAAAUUCCUGGGGAAAAUGCUACCAGAGAUCUGCAGUUCCCGGCUUACGUAUGAUCCCCUGGGAUUCUACCAUUGUAAUGAGAGAUUCCGACCGUCACCUUCGAAAUGUGUUAGCAUCAGAGACACAGAAGAUGGUCACUUCGCAGUUGUUGACAUUACACAUGGUCGGAAUAUCGUGCUGGAGGAGGUCGAACCAUCGCGUGCUUUCUUCACACUUUACGAUGGCGGAAUAUUCCUCCACCAAGGUCGCACAUACCUGGUCAAAGAGUUUUCUCCGGAGCGGAAGGUUGCUCGAGUACAGCUAGUCAAAGUCGACUGGACAACACAACAAAGAGACUUCACCGAUGUCGACCCCAUCGAGACCGAGCAAGUCCGGCGUGUUUCAAAAGAAUCUCUGACCAAAGCAUACUUUGGCCGAAUCAAAAUCCAAGCUGUGGUGUUUGGCUUCUUCAAACUCGAUCAAAAGCGACGUAUCCUGGACGCCGUGGCAGUGGACAAUCCACCCGUCAUCAUCUUUUCACGAGGCUUGUGGCUAGACGUCCCCAAGUUUGCGUUGCAGAUCCUCAAAGACAAACGUUUGAACCUCGCGGCCGGGAUACAUGCGGCUGAGCAUGCGAUGAUGAGUCUGAUGCCUCAAUUUGUGGUUUCGAUGCCCGGUGACGUGCGGACUGAAUGCAAGAACGCUCUCAAAGAAUUUGCCAAGAAAGAAACACAAAGGAAGAGGCCUGCACGUUUGACAUUCUACGAUGCGAAAGGCGGUGCGGCAGGUUCCGGCAUUGCAGCCAAAGCCUUUGAGUUCAUCGACGUGCUUCUGGAACGUGCUGUCCAGCGUGUUUCUGCUUGUCACUGUAUCGAAGGCUGUACGGAAUGUAUCUGCGAUGAACGAUGUAAGGAGAAGAACAUGAUAAUGAGUAAAGCGGGUGCCGAGGUGAUUUUGAGAUCUUUGAUCGGCGCAGAAAUUGAUAUCGAUGCUCUGCCCGAAGGUGAAGAGGAAAGAGUCCCUGCUGGCGUGGAGACGGUGAUUUUCGCGGAGGAGAUUAUGGGACGGAACGGUCAGCGGGUGGUGGAGAGAGAGUUCAUCAAGAGAGAGAAAGAUGAUGAUGAGGCUAUCGUGAUUAAAGAUGAGCCCGAUGAUUGA